AUGCAGGCCAUGCCGGACACCCGCCAGCAGAGCUUCGACGAGAUUUACGGCCCGCCCGAGAACUUCCUAGAGAUAGAGGUCCGCAACCCGAGGACUCACGGCAUCGGCCGCUCCAUGUACACAGACUACGAGAUCCUGUGCCGCACCAACAUCCCCGCCUUCAAGCUGCGCCAGAGCAGCGUGCGCCGCCGGUACUCGGACUUUGAGUACUUCCGCGACAUCCUGGAGCGCGAGAGCGCGCGCGUCACCAUCCCCCCUCUGCCCGGGAAAGUGUUUACCAACCGGUUCAGCGACGACGUGAUUGAGGGCCGGCGCGCGGGGCUGGAGAAGUUUUUAAAGAUUGUCGUGGGGCAUCCGUUGCUGCAGACCGGUAGUAAGGUCCUGGCGGCGUUUGUGCAAGAUCCCAACUGGGACCGGAACGCGUGGUGA